AUGACGGAGAAUAUUUCAGCCGAUUACCUUGUCAUUGGAGCGGGUGCGAUGGGAAUUGCAUUUGUCGACACCCUGCUCACCGACACCAAAGCAACCGUCGCAAUUAUCGACCGCUGGCACCGUCCCGGCGGGCACUGGAACACCGCCUACCCUUUCGUCCGCCUGCACCAGCCGUCUGACUACUACGGCGUCAACUCCAGACCCCUCGGCGAGAACAAGAUCGACGAGGCCGGCUGGAACAAGGGCUUGCACGAGCUGGCAACCAGCGACGAGGUGCUGGCCUACUACGACAAGGUGCUCAACCAGACCUUCCUGCCGUCCGGCCGGGUCGCCUACUACCCCAAGUGCGACUAUACGGGCGGCGGCGAGUUCCGUUCGCUUGUCAGUGGCAAGAAGUUCAGUGUCGGAAAGGAAACGCGAAUUGUCGAUGCCACCUAUAUGCGGGUCAAGGUCCCCUCGAUGGCUCCGCCCGCGUACAGCGUUGCGCAUGAUGUGAAGCUCGUCACGCCCAACGACUUGACCAAGAUCUCUCGGCCCUACGCCAACUAUACCGUCGUUGGCGCUGGCAAGACUGGUAUCGAUGCGAGUCUAUGGCUGCUGGGAGCGGGCGUCGACCCGUCGAAAAUCACAUGGAUCAUGCCGCGCGACUCCUGGCUGCUUCCUCGCCAGUUCGCCCAGCCCAAAACGCCCAUUUUCGCCGAGAGCAUAGAGAAAGCCAAUAAGCAAUCAGACGAAGUGAUCAAGGCUGCCACAUCUGUACCCGAUCUUUUCCAGCACCUGGAGGCUUGCGGCCAUCUGAUGCGCCUCACGGACAAGGUUUGGCCCACCAUGUACCGCUGCGCCUCGGUCUCCACUGCCGAGCUCGAGGCGAUACGCAAGAUCUCCAACGUCGUCCGCCUGGGACGGGUGCGCCACAUCGGCGCAGACGAGGUGACCCUGGAGGGCGGCAGGUUCAGCCCCGUGCCCGACACGCUGUACGUCGACUGCACGGCCGACGGGCUCGAGAAGCGGCCCGCGGUGCCCGUGUUCAGCGGCAACACCAUCACGCUGCAGGCGGUCCGCUCCUGCCAGCAGGUCUUCAGCGCCGCCUUCAUCUCCCACGUCGAGGCUGCGUACGGCAGCGACGACGAGGCGCUCAAGAACGAAAUCUGCCGCCCCAUCCCGCACCCCAACUUGCCGCUCGACUGGCUCGUCACCCGGAUCCAUGACUACACAGACACGAUGCGCUGGUACGCCGAGCCCGAGCUGGCUGCCUGGCUGGCCCAGGCGCGCCUCGACUGGUUCGGAAAGUGGGCCCCACCGCUCCCCGAGGACCCGGAGGAGCGGGCCGCGGCGGGACAGGCCAGGGUCGCUCAUAUAAAGGUGCUUCGCGGCAAGCUCCAGCAGCUUAUUGACGAGGAGAAGGCGGGCGAGGCGUAA